GCGCCGCUCCGCGGAGUCCCCGCCAGCUCCGCCGCAGCACGUCUAUCUGCUUGUUGUCAUGGAGGAGCCAAGAUGGCGGUCCUGGCCUAUAGCCUAGGCAAACGGGAGAUAAAUCACUAUUUCAGCAUCAAAAAUGCCAAAUUACUCUCUGUGCUGGCUGUACUCGUCCUCACGGCUGUCCACUCCGCCUCUCGGUACUAUGGAGGCAGGGACACCUGUGACUGGCUCCUAUCCAGCGGACGUUUCUUAGGGGACAGUGUGUGGCAGCCAUAUGGCUGCAUGAUGCACAAAUACAAAAGCAUAGAAACAAAAACAUGCCUCAACAAUAAACGAAUAGCAUUUAUUGGGGACUCCAGAAUCCGGCAGCUCUUCUAUUCUUUCAUCAAAAUUAUCAACCCUGAUAUAAGAGAAGAUGGGAACAAGCAUGAAAACAUUCCCUUUACAGAUAGAGAGUCCUUGCUGAAUGUGGACUUCUUGUGGUAUGCAGAAGUGAAUAAUUCCAUGAAAGAUCAGGUGACAGCUUGGACGGAGAGGCCUGCUACCAAACCAGAUGUCAUUGUCAUCGGUGCUGCCACUUGGUCCAUCAAACUGCACAGCGGCAGCAGUGAAACACUCCUUCAGUACAAAGCAAACCUCACAUCUAUAGCAGGACCACUGGAGAAACUAACUGAGCAUAGUGAAGUCUAUUGGGUUUUACAAGAUCCUGUGUAUGAAGAGAUUCUGAGUGAGAAUCGUAAGAUGAUCACAAACGAGCAGAUAGACCUGUAUAAUGCUGCAGCCGUCAGUGCUCUUAACAACAGCAAGAGGAACGCUAGGGGCAGGGUGAAGUUCCUAGAGGCCUCUCGACACGCUGCCAUGGAAACCAUCACUCUGUCACUGGAUGGGCUGCACCUUCCCGAGAGCACGAGGAAUGUGGGUGCCAUGGUCCUGAUGAACUCCAUAUGCAAUAAAAUCCUUAAGCCCAUUGAUGGCUCCUGCUGUCAGAAUGUUCCUUCACUGAGUGUUCUACAGAAACUGGCUUCUGGACUCUUCUUAGUAGCUGGUGUCUGCUUCCUGGUCCUUCAUGCGCUGGGCUACAGCAGACAUACUAAGAGCAAGCCUGUAUCUGAUGUGGAGAGUGGCGAGGAGAAAAAGCCUCUCACUGCUGCAGUGCCGCUCAACCUGAAGGCAGCUACACAGUCAGUCUGCAAGAUGGGUCUGAUCAUGCUCUACUUCUAUCUGUGUGACCGAGCAGACAUUUUUAUGAAAGAGCAGAAGUUCUACACACACUCCACCUUCUUCAUUCCACUCAUCUACAUAUUCGUCUUGGGGAUCUUCUACAGUGAGAACAGCAAAGAGACCAAACUGCUGAACAGGGAGCAGACAGAUGAAUGGAAGGGCUGGAUGCAGCUGGUCAUCCUCAUCUAUCAUAUAUCUGGAGCCAGUGCUUUUAUACCUGUCUACAUGCAUAUACGGGUCCUAGUGGCAGCUUAUCUCUUCCAGACAGGAUAUGGCCACUUCUCCUUCUUCUGGUUAAAAGGGGACUUUGGACUAUACAGAGUGUGCCAGGUUCUCUUCAGACUCAAUUUCCUAGUGGUGGUGCUCUGCCUCGUCAUGGACAGGCCAUACCAGUUCUACUACUUUGUGCCUCUGGUUACGUUUUGGUUUGUGGUCAUCUACGCCAUAAUGGCCAUGUGGCCACAGAUACUGCAGAUGCAAGCUAAUGGUAGUGGUUUCUGGCACCUGGCACUUUUAUUAAAACUAUUAUCGUUACUUAUUUUCAUUUGCUCCUUUGCAUACUCCCAGGGAUUCUUUGAGAGUAUUUUCUCCACGUGGCCUAUUUCAAAGCUCUUUGAGCUGCAAGGAAGCAUCCAUGAGUGGUGGUUCAGGUGGAAGCUUGAUAGAUUUGCUGUGAUCAAUGGGAUGCUGUUUGCCUUCAUUUACCUAGCAUUGCAGAAAUGCCAGAUUCUGUCAGAGGGUAAAGGAGAGCCCCUGUUCUCUAACAGGAUUUCCAAUUGCCUGAUCCUCAUAUCAGUCUUCUCUUUUAUAACAUACUCUGUAUGGGCCAGUAGCUGUAAAAAUAAGACUGAAUGCAAUGAGAUGCAUCCUUACAUUUCAGUAGUGCAGAUUCUGUCAUUUGUUCUAAUCAGGAACAUUCCUGGUUAUGCCCGUUCUUUGUAUAGCUCUUUUUUCGCGUGGUUUGGAAAAAUCUCGCUAGAGCUCUUUAUCUGUCAGUACCAUAUAUGGCUGGCGGCAGACACCAAGGGCAUCCUGGUCCUGAUUCCUGGGUACCCUUCUCUCAACAUCAUCAUCAGCACCUUCAUCUUUGUGUGUGUGGCUCAUGAAAUCUCUCAAAUCACCAAUGACCUGGCCCAGGUAGCCAUUCCUAAAGACAGUACAGCUCUGAUGAAGAGGCUAUUGGCUGCAGGGGUUUUCCUGGGGCUUGUGCUAGUUCUGUCUGUGAAUGGGCAAGCUGGCUACUGAAUGAGCUGGGGGACCACCGCCUACCUAGCUGCAUGAAAGAACAAGCCGUGAAUGAGCUGAGUAACUGGAGGAGGACACGUCAGGAAUCUUUGAGCUUCAGGAAUCUUCCAGGACUCUUUCUUCAGGCUUGUUGAGGGCAGUAUGAUGUAAUAAUGAAUUCACACUCCGAGAGAGUUAACAGUUGGAGGAAUGGCCCAAAGCAGAGGCCAGGGGCACAAUGCAGUAAGGACAUAUAUAUAAAACGUUAUAAAACUUUGUUUACAAUGAACAGUUUUAUAUAGGACGUGUGUGUGUGGUGGCCAUGAAGACAUUUACCACAUUGUGUCACGCUAUACAUACUGACUGAAUGUACUGUACUGACAUACAUUUUGACUGAAAAAGAACUAAGACUGACGCUGACAUUUAUAAAAUGUAAGCCACCUGUUCUCCGUCCAUGUCUUGUAGUACUUGUUUGCAGUGUGUGUACAGUAUUUAAUGAUUUAAAUUAUGUUUACUUUGUACAUGGAUGUAUUUGUGUCACUUUUGUGUCUUGAUUUAUUUUUCUUUUUUUUAUUAUUUCUUUUUUGUACCCAUGACUGAUGUAACUGAAAUAUGAACAGACUUUCAUUUUUCAUCUUCUGCAGUAGACAAUUCAGCAUAAGCCAACUGCUUUGGCAACCUCCAGUUAACUCACUAACCAGCUUAUUUUAGUAAAAAAAAUAACCACUAUAGUAAAUGCUUUUUAGUGUUUGUAACAUUUAAUACAGGCUUUCAACGGUCCUCAAUUCUCCAGAACUAUCAACAAAUACAGGACACUUUUAUAGCUGUCAAAACAAGGACAGUGAAGAGGUCACUGCAUGAACUUCUGAAAGACUGCAUAUGUAUCUCAAGACCAGAAGAACAGUCUUUAUUAUUUAGAUGCUAUUUAUUCUAACACUCUUUUCCAAAACUGAAAAUUCUAUAACCAAGAAACUUGGAUCUACUGCUGUGCUCUAACCCCAGUGCUAUGAAAGUUGUGAAGGUUGUCGUAUAAUGCAAGGAAAGGUUUCUGUUGAUGAUGCCUUUUAUUUCCUUAAGAAAGGUCAAAAGGUUUUAAGCUUGACGAUUGCUUUGCUGAUACUGAUGUGUAGCUUUUUUGUUAACAAAAAACUUUUGUAUGUUUUGCAGCUUUUAGCUUUCAGGGCUCAGUUUAUCAAAAUGCUCUGUUGUAUUACGAACAUCCUAACUGUGAUAAACAGUUGUAAUGAUGAGAGGGUGUGAAAAAACACCCUGUAAAAAAAAAUCCAGCUUAGUAUAACAAGCUGAACAAAGCAGUCUAACAUUGUACAUAUCUUUAUUUGCUGUCUGUUGUUGCAUUGUGCAAGAUAAGUUUAAACCUUUCUGCUUUAAAGCUGCACUGAAUUUAUUUCUGUAAAAAUAUGCCUCCCCCAGUAAGGUCUCUGUAAAAACAGCUUUUGUGAGGUCUAUAAUGUGUUGUAUACAUUUGUAUUUUUGAACACUGCACAAGAGCAGCUAGCUGGUCAUCCAGGAAAAACACAUUAUGUUGGUAGGCUAGCUCGUUAACUAGCUCAUAACCAGCAUGGCGUGUGGUUUCUCUGGAUGACCAACUGGAUUUUUUUUAGUUGGGUAAACUUUGCUAAAAGCAAACAUGAUCUUCUGUAGAAAUAAGUGUUUGAUUUUCUAAAGUAGAUGAUUUUGCUUAAUGCAAACGUCAAUUUUAAUUAGAUGCAAUGAAUUCAAUCCACUUCACUGCUAUACUGAACCAACAUUCAUGUAUCCUUCUGUAAAUGUUUGGAUUUUAUUUUUUUAAGAUUUUCUGUAUGUGUGUAUAAAUCAAUUCUUUUUGUAUAGUUUAUUUGGUCUUAUUUUAAAAAAAUAAGAAGAAAGAAAAUCAUACCCUCAUGCCUCGACAUAGACCCAAUGUAAAUAUAUUUGUUUUGUCCUGAAAUGUGAAACCUAUCUUGUCUGUCAAUUAAGAAAUGAGUUCUCUUGGUUGUGCAGUCAUUAUUGGUAUAAAAAAAAGCAACUCCCUGAA